AUGACACAAUUUUUACCACCAAAUUUACUUGCAUUAUUUGCACCACGAGAACCAAUUCCAUUUUUACCACCAAAUGAUAAAUUACCACAUGAAAAAAAACGUUUACCAUAUGGUGGUUUAGCUGACUUUAUGAAUAAUUUUGAAGCUGCUCAUGAAACACCACCACCAACAAGAAUUGAAACAAAAGAAGAACGAGUUGCUAGAAGAGCACGUGAAAAAGCUGAAAAAGCAGUUCUUCAACUUGAAGAAAAUCUUGCUUCAUGGGAUCCAAAUAGUAAUGAAGCAGCUACAGCUGAUCCGUACAAAACUUUAUUCAUUGCUCGACUUAAUUACGAUACAUCGGAAACAAAAUUAAAGCGUGAAUUUGAAGUAUAUGGAAAAAUUAAAAGUAUACAUUUAAUACAUGAUACACAAACGGGUAAACCACGUGGUUAUGCGUUUAUUGAAUACGAAAAAGAAUCCGAUAUGCACGCGGCCUACAAACGAGCUGAUGGACGUAAAAUUGAUGGCCGACGUGUUGUUGUUGAUGUUGAACGUGGUCGAACAGUCAAAGGAUGGCGACCAAGACGAUUAGGUGGUGGUCUAGGUUCAACACGUCGUGGUGGUCCACCGGGAGGUAAACGUAGCGGAACCGAUGACCGUCGACGAUCGUCAUCACGAGAUCGAAAACGACGAUCCAGAUCUCGAGAUCGUCGUCGUAGUCGAAGUCGUGAACAUAAACGUCGUCGAACUCGUUCUCGUUCCAAUGAACGCCGUAGUGAUCGUCGUUCAUCACGCGAUCGUCAAGAUUCAUCGAAACGUCGAUCACGGGAUCGUGGUCGUCGUACGGGUAAUUAUCGAGGUGAGAAUGAGGUAACUAACAAUAAUGGCAAUGGACCACAUGAUACAUUCGGAAUAAAUGAUGGUUAUUAA